AUAACUGACACUGCCAUGAAAGCGAGUAACGCUAAUAUCGGGCUUUCAUAAAUUGUGCUAAAUUCAACAAAAACCGAAGCAAGAUAGGUUAAUGCUUUACCUAUGUGAAGUAGCGCGACAGCAUCGACUUAUUAAAUUUUUGCUUGACAGUUUAAAGAGUUGGCCUUUAAUCAUAGAUGAACUGAUCUUAUAAAAAUAACAUCUAAUAAAAAGCGAUUAAAACACGAGUGACAUCGUUGUGCAUUAAUAAAAUAACUUUGAGUAGAAACAUUUUAGUCAUAUCGCAUCUCGUAAUUUCGUAAUAUAACCUGUAGUUUGUUGUGAAUAACUUCUUUAAAAAUGAGACGAAGAGCAGGUGUCGGAGCAAUCCACAAGCAGAAACUGGAACAGGAAAAGUACAAAGAUAAAGGGACGGAAAUCCAGGAAAAUCAGUUGGAGCAAAUGAGCAAGCAGAUGGAGGUGUUUCGAAUUAACCUUGAAAAAUUUGCUGCAAAGCACAAGAAUGAAAUUAAAAAAAAUGCUCAGUUUCGUAGACAGUUUACGGAAAUGUGUGCCUCGAUUGGCGUGGAUCCUCUUGCAUCUGGGAAAGGAUUUUGGUCAGUUCUUGGCAUUGGAGAUUUUUACUAUGAACUCGCUGUGCAAAUCGUUGAAGUCUGCCUAGCUACAAACUACAAGAAUGGUGGAUUAAUUUAUUUGGAUGAAUUAAGGGACAGGCUAAUUCAGGCCAGAGGACGUCGCAAAGAACACCAAGAAAUAACCAACGAGGAUCUGUUGGCAGCUGCUAAGAAGCUUAAAAUUUUUGGAAAUGGAUUUUCAAUUGUUCCUCUUGGCCGAGGAAGACAUUUAGUACAAUCAAUUCCAGGAGAACUUAGUAUGGAUCAUACAGCUGUAUUACAGCAAGCCAGUCAGUCUGGAAAUGCAUAUGUUUCCAAAUCUUUGUUACAAAAAGAACUCCGUUGGGAAAGUGAUAGGACACAAAAAGCAUUGGAUCACAUGGUAAAAGAAGGCUUAGCAUGGUUAGAUUUGCAAGGGGAAGAGGAAACUCUUUACUGGUUUCCCAGUAUGUUCACAGCAUGCAUUAACUCCAGCUCGUAGCUGAAGCUCAUAUAAGACAAUGAAUUUGGGAACUUAGGAUUAAAUGUCAACUAAUAGUUGAUGUGGCUGGUACCAAAAUGUAUUUUCGAAAUAAUAAAAGUUUUCUUUGUUGUGUUAUUUACA